AUGGCGACCGAUAUCACGAAUACCAAGUUAGUGAAGGAAUUAGCUGCAAAUGACAAAAAAACCCGCGACGCAGCCCUCCUCUCUCUCCGCACCUAUCUCUCCGCAUCCCGCUCCCUCACCCCCCUAGACUACCUAAAAAUCCACUCCGGCCUCUUCUACUGCAUGUGGAUGUGCGACCGACCCCUCCCCCAACAAUCCCUCGCCACCUCUCUCUCCUCGCUUCUCUCCUCGCUCCCCCCUUCAAACCAAGGUGCUUUCUACAUGGGUUUCUGGGAGAUUAUGCGCAAGGAAUGGGAGCGCAUCGACGUGUUACGCAUGGAGAAGUUUUUGUUGGUCGUGAGACGGUAUUUGGGGGCUGGGUUUGAGCUGUAUGUUUCAUCGUCUACGUCUGCAGGAAAGAAGACCGGAGGAAAGAAAAGCGCAAAAGCGGAGAGUGCCUCAGCAGCAGGUGAAGCGAUUUUAGCCGUGCUGUCUGAGAUACCCUGUGGGACGGGACCGGAUGCGCAGCGCACGCCGAAUGGAAUGCGAUUCCACGUAAUCGAUAUUUGGAUGGAUGAGCUUGAUAAACUGGGGAUAAUUGAUGCAGCGAAGGAGAGCGAGGAGGGAGCGGAGAAGUUGGAGAGGUUGUUGGAGCCGUUGAGGAAAUUGGGGAAGGAGAGUUUGAAUAAAAUCGUGAGGAAGAAGGUCAAGGAGGCGUUGGCGGAUGAGAGAUUACCUGAGAAUGAGAAGGAGGGAAGCGCAGGAGAGGAUGGCGAGAAGAGUGGCGAGAAGAGUGAUGAGGAUAUGGAUGAGGACGAGAGUGAAAAGGAGGAUGGAUGGGGUGGGAUUGACGAUUGA